AUGGCACAAUGGGCAUAUCUCUUCUCUGUUUGUUUGUUCCUAGAAAGCUUGACCUUAGCGGAGUGCACAAUGGGCUCUUCUCUGAUAAUUACUGCUCCUCCUUGUCUAACUGAUUUGAAGCUGCUCCGGUGUCACCAGCUGAAAAAAAUAGAGAUUUGUGCAGCUAAUCUUGUCUCCUUUGAGUACAAUUGGAAACUUGACACGAUUUCUUGCAUCAAAACUCCACAAUUAGCAACACUUUUUUUACGUAAGCGUGAAGCUUCUUCUCAUGGACUAGACCGAUUUGCCUCAUGUCCUGGGCUUGAAGUGUUCUAUCUGCUGCUUCAAGAUGAAUCGGAAGAAAUACCCCAAAGCGUAUCAACGUUUAGAAACCUUAAGAAAAUGACCUUGGUUCUCCGGUCGCCCAACUUUGACCUUGGGAGCGUUCUGAAUGUUCUCAAGGAUGCACCCCUUUUGGAAGAAUUUGCAUUAAUGGUAUUGAUAGGACGCAAUAAAGGAGAGAUGAGCAAUUUUUCUGGAUUCUCACAUAAUCGUUUGAGAACAGUUGAGAUGCAUAGCUUCCAUGGUAGAUCAAUUGAGAUAGAGUUGGCCAUUUGCAUUCUGAAAAUCGCCACGAAGCUGGAGAAGAUGGUUAUCAAUCCAGUUGGAAAAUACUAUUUGGGUAAUAGUCGUUGGGUGAAUCCUGGCAGUUGUUAUGAUUGCUCAAAUGGGGAAGACGAGCGGCCUUCGGACGAAGCACUUCAUAUUUGGAAGCAAGGAGGUAGAGCACGCGUCCAAGAAAAACUAAAGUUUGUAGUGACUGAUGCUCAAGUUAUAAUCCUAUAA